GCAUUAUUUGACAACAGACUCGGCUGUCACUUCGGUUUGUUUACAUUUGCAGAGAGUAGGAUUUUGGGGUUUUGUGAAGUUGUUCUUUGGAAGUCAGAAUUCUUAAUUACGAGGCCGCAGCAUGAGUGAUGACACCGUAGUUAUUGAGGUUUAUGCAGAAAACAACAAACAGGAGAACUUCGAUUCGAAUGCAGACCAGGCCGACAUCAAAGCGAAACUGUUGAAAUGUGGCGAAAUCUACACCCUGGACAAUGUAAAUUAUAUUCUUGUUUGUAAUAUAUGUGAAGAAUCGUUUCUUGAUGCAUUAGAAUUUGGCAAUCACUAUCGAGGGAAGCAUCCUCCCCUCGAACAGAAUACUCCUCCUUUGCCUAUCUUCAACGAUAAUCAACUAAACACUCCUAUCGUCAACGAUAUUGAACCAAACGCUCCUAUAAUUAUCGUCGACGAUAAUGAACCAAGCACUCCACCGCCUGUUGACAACGAUAACAUGGAAGAACCUAGUGAAGAAAAGGAAGGAAAUGGAACUGCAGAUUUGGAUUUUCUUCCAUCGGAAUACAAGAUGAAAGAGGAAGACUUGCCUGAACCUCAAGAAUGUAUCGAACUGAGCAGUGAUGACGACUCAACCAAUGACAACAUUGCUAGCAACCACCAGAAUAUCAUGCAGGAAGAAAUAUCGGAACCUAAGUCGAAUUCCACUUCCAUAGUAUCGAAACCCAUGUAUGAUUUCAACUGCAAAAUAUGUGGUAGCCCAUUACAAAAUGACGAAUCCCUGCGGGAGCAUCUAAUCCAUCAACACAAAUUCAUCGAGUGCGUAUACUGCAAAAAAAUUUGCAUUAACCAAACGGAGUUUAAAACACACUUCGCAACACAUAAUUGCGACAUAAGCAAUCCCAACAGAAUUAGACAAUGCCGACAGCUAUAUUAUAAUCUUGUAUAUGAUAACCGGGUAAAGAAAACAGCUCCCAAAUGUAAAAAAAUAGUUCCUUCUAGCAAAAAUCGUGAAAGUGUCCUCAAAUACCGACAAAAAAUCUACCAAAUGCUUAAGAGACACUCGAAACAACAUUCUUCAGCAAAGAAAUUUAAAUGUCCUGACUGUAAUACGCAAUUUGAAACUCUGGAACUCUUGAAAACACAUCAAAAUGCACCUUUGCAUUUUUCAUUCACAUAUGAUUGCUGAAAGCGCACCUGUGCAUUUCCGCUGCGAGGUAACAUUUUAAUUAACAAACGAAAUUGUAAUUAAUUGCAUUCAAACCGCGAAUAAAAAAAGGUUCAAUUCCAAG